CCUUGUUUCGGUCACGUGACGUCAGCUCACGAAGAUGGUGGAAGUUUCUUCUUCCGUGAAGUGAAACCCGGACUGAAACCCAAACAAGCCUCACGCCGAGGGCUGGGACUUGGCUUCAGCGGCACCGGCUCGGUUGCACAGCCUCUCUCGGGACCAGGGCCUUCAUCCCAGCCCUAUGUCAUGGCUAGUGGAGUCACCAAAUCGGGCACUACCAAUGGUUACCCUAUGAAGGCACAGCUGCAAAUCAUUGUGCUAUCAGCAAAACUCAAAGAGAACAAGAAAAACUGGUUUGGCCCCAGUCCUUACGUGGAAGUGACAGUCGAAGGCCAGUCCAAAAAAACGGAGAAAUGCAGCAACACCCACAGCCCCAAAUGGAAGCAGCCGCUCACUGUGAUUGUGACUCCAUUCAGCAAACUGUCGUUUCGCGUGUGGAGCCACCAGACCCUGAAGUCAGACGUGUUGCUGGGCUUUGCCACGCUGGAGAUCAGUGACACGCUCAAAGCUAAUGACAUGAAAAUCUCUGAGGUGGUGCAGACCUUACAGCUGUGUACAGACAGAGAACAGACGGAUGUGGUGGGGGAUCUGUCUGUCUGCCUCGACGGCAUGACCGUUGACCCCGAGAUGUUCGCCCUGUCCGAGGCUGACCAACACAGUGCAUCAAAUGGGGAAUCACAACCUAACGGGGAUCCUGUCCAAAGGCCGAGUCGAGACAGCUCUCCAGCUCUGGAUGGCGUAGAGCACAGGUCCUCUCCCAGUGCUCGGAGGUCAGUGAGCGCCUCCGGAUCUCCCUUAGUUUCAUCAGGGGGCUCAAAGCCUCUACGACCACCCAGGCCCUCUAGACCUCCUCCUCCGACUCCCCGCAGACCCGCCUCUUCACCAGCGUCUUCCAGCAACGGCUCUGCACCACCUGAUGGUAGUGAUGCUCAGUCAGGUUCAGACACACCAGUACGAACACCUGCAUCAGGACCUUCAUUGACCCCAGACUCCAGUCCAUCGGCAGGCUCAGACAGGAACUCCACUCCGGCCUCCAGUGCAGGAGCGACAGCACCCAGACAGCCCACCCCCAACCCAGUGGUCACACCCAGGGUCCCUGCUGUCAAUACUGGCCCACUGCCCCUGGGGUGGGAACAGAGGGUGGAUCCCAAUGGGAGAAUGUAUUUUGUCGAUCAUGUGGAAAAGAGAACGACGUGGGAACGCCCUGAACCAUUGGCUUCUGGCUGGGAGCGUCGUGUCGACCAGAUGGGGCGAGUCUACUUUGUCGACCACAUCACACGAACCACCACGUGGCAGCGCCCCACAAUGGAGACAGUGCGGAACUACGAGCAGUGGCAGCACCAGCGCAGCCAGCUGCAGGGUGCCAUGCAGCAGUUCAACCAGAGGUUCAUCUUCGGGCAACAAGACCAGGUCACAGCCACUCAGAAUAAGGAGUUUGAUCCUCUUGGGCCUCUGCCACAUGGAUGGGAGAAGAGAACCGACUCCACUGGCAGAGUUUAUUUUGUACAUCACCCCACACGCUCAACACAGUGGGAGGACCCACUUACACAGGGUUUGCUCAAUGAGAAGCCACUUCCAGAGGGCUGGGAGAUGAGGUUCACAGUCGAUGGCAUUCCCUACUUCGUAGACCACAACAGGAGAAGCACCACCUACAUCGACCCUCGCACUGGAAAGUCCUCACUUGAAAAUGGACCUCAGAUCACAUACGUGCGUGACUUCAAGGCCAAAGUGCAGUACUUCAGAUUCUGGUGCCAGCAACUGUCAAUGCCUCAACACAUCAAGAUAUCAGUUACCAGAAAAACCCUCUUCGAGGACUCCUUCCAGCAGAUAAUGAGUUUCAACGCUCAGGAUCUACGAAGGAGACUAUGGAUCAUCUUCCCUGGUGAAGAGGGCCUUGAUUAUGGAGGCGUUGCCAGGGAGUGGUUCUUCCUGUUGUCCCACGAGGUCUUGAACCCCAUGUACUGCCUGUUUGAAUACGCCGGUAAAGAUAACUACUCUCUCCAGAUCAACCCCGCCUCCUACAUCAACCCUGACCACCUCAAGUAUUUCAAGUUCAUUGGACGAUUCAUUGCCAUGGCUCUUUUCCAUGGAAAGUUCAUCGACACUGGUUUCUCGCUGCCAUUUUACAAGCGCAUCCUAAACAAGCCAUUGGCCCUGAAAGACCUGGAGUCAGUAGACCCUGAGUUUUACAACUCCCUCAUUUGGAUCAAGGACAACGACAUUGAGGAGUGCGGGCUGGAGAUGUUCUUCUCUGUUGACAAGGAGAUCCUGGGGGAAAUCACCACCCAUGACCUGAAAGAAGGAGGUGGAGACAUGCAGGUCACAGAGGAGAACAAGGAGGAGUACAUCAGGCUGGUAGCAGAGUGGAGGCUGUCCAGAGGAGUGGAGGAGCAGACUCAGGCCUUUUUUGAAGGCUUUAAUGAGGUCCUCCCUCAGCAGUACCUGCAGUACUUUGAUGCUAAAGAGUUGGAGGUGAUGCUGUGUGGCAUGCAGGAGAUCGACCUCGCAGACUGGCAGCGAAACACCAUCUACAGACAUUACGCUCGCAGUAGCAAACAGAUCGUCUGGUUCUGGCAGUUUAUCAAGGAGAUGGACAAUGAGAAGAGAAUGAGGCUGCUGCAGUUCGUCACCGGUACCUGUCGCCUGCCUGUAGGAGGCUACGCUGACCUUAUGGGAAGCAAUGGUCCUCAGAAGUUCUGUAUUGAGAAGGUGGGAAAAGAAAACUGGCUUCCCAGAAGUCACACGUGCUUUAACAGACUGGACCUGCCGCCCUACAAGAGCUACGAGCAACUAAAGGAGAAGCUGAUGUUCGCCAUCGAGGAGACCGAGGGCUUCGGCCAGGAGUGAGAGAACCCGGGAGAGGUUUAAGAGUGGGCGCAGGAGUCUGAAGGAAUAAACGCCACCAGUGUUCAAAUCAGGGAGUCUCUUCAGAGUCGGGGAAGGGUUGUUGUCUGUGUUUAUGCUCAGGCAUGCGUGCACCUGUACGCUAUUUGUACUGGUGCAUCAGCAAGACUGCAUGCAGUACCACAGCAGGAUUUGGGAAGUGGCUGUCGACCGUUCACACCACGUUCAUAGCAGAUGUGAAAAUGUUCUAUGUCUUCUAAACCAAAACACGGAAGCUGCUCCCGUCUCUCUGAAUGUGUGGCAGUUUAUGCAUGGGAUCCUGAAAACCCGACCUCUGCGUCACCUGUCUGAUGGGACCGCAGUAGUUUCCCUUUCCACACAAGUGAUCAUGUAACAGCAUGCAGUCAAGUUCUCGGAAUCUCAUAAGCAGCAGCCUGAUUUUUUUUUUUCUUCUUUUAAAGUAACGCGGCUUAAAGAUUAAUUUUAAGCUAAAUUGUGAGGGUGCACUUCUUUGAAAACUGGGUUAAGUUUCACCAAAAAGUUGAUUUUGUUGCUAAGAUUGUUUGGAUUUUUCCUUCAUGAAUGACAUUUCUCUUCAACCCCUUUAAUCUCUCACAGUUUUAUUUGUAGGUCUCAUGAUUUGAAGUGGAUCAUGAUUUUAAAAGAAGAGUGCUCCAGAUUAACGCUUCAGAAAUUAUGAGUGAGGAGAGAAACAGAUUUGUGUUCCUGCUUCUACAGUGUUGUAUCUGUGAAUGACUUGAUUGUGAAAAGUGUUGUAACCUCUAUUUAGAGUGGUGGCAGACUUGAGCAGAAUUUAAACUGACCCUAGUUUUAUAGGGCCAGAGGCUGGACCGGACGAGAUGUCCUAGAUUAGAGCGCUCUGGGAGAAUCUUCAAGAUUAUUCAUCUUGAUAUCAGCUGCAGAUAUUUUACACCAUCCUCCCGUUGUGUCCUUGUGAACCAACCAGGAUAAAGAAAGUAUUUUUAGAGACAUUGUACGUUCAAGAUCAGAACAUUAAAGCUUUCCACAACACAAGUGAAAAACACCAAAUUCAAGUCAAACCAAAUCAAAAUUUAACAUUUUGAUUCAUGCUUUACAAGCAGAAACUUCAUGUGGCUCUUCACACACGUGUAGCAUUUGAGGGUUAGUGAUGGAGAUGUUUGCUUAUUUUAACUGUUUGUCUCAUAUCAAACCACAAAAUUAACAGGAGCAAUAAAUGGUAUUUUAAAACCAUUGUCUUCCAAUCUGAGUAUUUUCACAUCUACCAGACAGAAUUCCCCUUAAGUCAAAAAUGUAUAUCUGACACGUGUGAACUGAUUAGAUAUGUGGUUAUGCUUUUAUUUUAAUAGUUAAGGGUUAUCAGUUCUGUUCUUGCAAACACGAUAUUUCAGGAACUCCCUGAGGUAGUUUCUUUAAAUUUGACAAAUAUUUGCCUGGACUCACAAAUUGGCUGAGUAGGAUUUUGUAAUCUAAGAGUACAGGCCAAGGUCAUUGUGACCUUGAAACACAUUUUGGGUCUUGUGAAUGCAGCGUUUCAGAAACACCUCAAGGGCUCGUCUUGGAAUCAAAGAUGAACUGAUUCGAUUUGGGAGGUCAAAUUCAAGGUCACGGUGACCUUGUAAAUGUCUUAUUGGCCUCUUUAACCUGAUAUCGUGAGAACGCCUUUAAAAUAAUUCCUUCAAAUUUCGACGAGUGAUCACUUGGACUCAAAGAUGAUUGGACUCGACUUCUGUGGUCUCGGUCAUGGGGACUCUCAUGAGUGAGGAAGAACUAUGUAUGUACCCUAAAACUGGAGUGGUUGGUGGAGGGAUACAACCACAGUGGGACAAUGGGAUGAUUUUUGAUAAAGAUUGUUUAUUUCUCAACACCCAACACUGUGUGUACAGAACAGUGUUUAUGAUAUAAUAAGUGUGAAUACUGGUUCCUUUUGGCAAACGUUGAACAGCGUCUCUCGACAGUACCAGUGGUGUGCUUGCUCAUUUUGGAGUUUCCUCUUGAAUAAUUUAUUCGACCAAGAACACAGGCUUGGUAACUCUCAGCCUUUAAGACGCUUUAUAUCCACCCUCAGGCAUCACAUGUCUUGUUUUAGCAGCCUGAUGCGAGAUUGUGAUUAUGAACCACUUAAGGUUUAUGGACAAAAAUAAUUGUUCUCAUGAAGAGACUGCACUAGUGAGGAGAAGCAGAUGACGUGACCUGAUCUCUGGCUUAUCGUGACUUAAUGGAGGAUAAUGAAGUCGGAGACAAAGAUGUGAUGUGACGAAUGUAUCCUGAUGAAAAGAUGAUUGGUUUUUCUUGCCUCCCCUAACAAAGAGUGUGGUUUUAAACUUGUUCUGGGUCGAUGACAUAAUAACAUCCAGAGUAUAUAGUAGUUAAGUGAAUAUGUAAAUAUGAUGAUUCACUUUUUAAUUUAUCUGUUCUGCAGAAUGCUCCAUAAAUAACUCAACCACUGUCUCUCUCCUGUAUAUUGAAAACAAGUUGUAAAUGGUGUCAAUAACAACAAUUUCUUUUGUAAAAGAAUGGUUUUAAUAAGAGGUUUACGGUUACUCUAUAUUUUCUUUUCCCUGUUUAAUUUCUGAUGUACAUGAAAGAUGUGUAAUAUAGAAAUUGUCACCUUAAUAAAUUAAAUCAAAAUAAA